CCCGCUCCUCUUCGUCCACGCUCCUCUUAUCUCCCUCUCCGUUCCUCCGCCGCCGCCAGCGUCCGCCCGGCCACCUCCUCCCCACGCCGCUUCCUCCCACAGCUGCUCCUCCCCCGGAUCCAACGCUCUUCCUCCUCCUUCGCUGAAGUCCGCCCGUCAGCCCCCCCGCGCUGCCUCCUCCCACAGCCGUUGCUCCGUCGGAUCCCACGCUGCUGGUGAAUUCGGAGCCUCCACCGCUGCACUCGUGGAGGAGAUGAAGCGGGCAGAUGGAGGGGCGGUCGCCACGCGCGCAUCUCUCCUCCAGGCUCUAGCAAGGCGGGGGAUUCCUCUCCUUCGGCACGGCGGCCGCCUUGCGAUGGCGCUUCAGGCAAGGCGGUGGUCCCGUGCGAGGGCGCGGUUCUGGCAACUUGCGUCGAGCGUGGAACGGGCGGUUGCAAGUUCGUGCGUGUGCACGACCUCGGUCAGCUAUGAUCAGCCCCGUAGACUGGAACUACCCCACUUCCCCCCACUUCCGGUGUUUAAAUUCCUUCUGCGGCUACAAAAAGGCCAAAUACGAGCUCUGCAGCUCAGUCUCCUCUCCGCUGCUCUUCUCUUCCGACAUUUGUGAACUCAGAAAACAAGUGAAGCGAGGAGACCUGGAGGAGUUCCGGUGAGCUACGGUUGUUAUGUCCUGUCGAUUUGUAGAACUCCGACGAGGAGAGCUGAAGGAGUUCCGGUGAGCUACGGGUUCAACUGGUUUUUGUGCUUGAGAACUUGAGUCAUUUCUGAUAUGUGUACUACUGGUUCCUUCGAAAUUUUAAGGGAUAUAUAGGACUCAGAAUCAAACAAUAAAUGUAAGUUGUGUAUCCGGAAAAAAAUGUCUUGCUUGGUGCCUGUAGGUGCCUAAGUUUCAGCCUUUCAGGUGUGCUUUACCUUCUUAUGAAUCUCUUGUUUGUGCAAACCGUAUGAAUCUUUAUUCUGUCAUUGUAAGCAGCUAUAGCAUAGAGCUUAAUGUCCAUAUUCACUGUUUUGAGGAUUUUGGAUCACUGUUUUGAGGAUUUCAGAUUAUCAAUUCUCAGUUUUAACAAGAUAGAAGGCUCAAGUUCUCAUUUUUUAUCUGCUUCUUUUACAUGGAGUAGUCUUAUGUUGCCUGUACUUUGUUGCUUCAUAUCCAUUUCUUAUUUGCAUGAUGUCAGGUUCAUAAUUCAUAUGUCAGACAACUUGGAAAAAAAUAGUUUUCCUUCGGGCAUUGCUGUUUAGCUAAUACCGGUAGCACAACCUAUAAGGACGAAGAGGAGGAGGUGCUGGAGCUUGUUGGCCACCACUACAUCCAUCAAAACUUCCUUCGGUGAUAUAUAUGGCACCAUUUAACCUUACACGCAAGCGCAAAUAUGCGGAUUUUUGCAGCACCCCCGCCACCACCUAUGUUUAAAGACUUCGAUGACAUUGCGAUGGACGAUGUCUUCACAAACGCAAAAUUUAGCAUUUGUGUCAGGGUAAUUGUAAAAUUUCCUGCGAAUAGAUAUGGUGACGACAUGCACUUCAUUCUGAUGGACAAGACCGGGGCCAAAAUUGAAGCAAUCGUGGCGGGAAAUGAACAAGUGAACCGAUUUAAGCACAUCCUUGAAUCGGGGAAAAAUUAUACAAUACACAAUGUUACUUUCCAUCUUAACGCUGAAGAUAUAGUCUUUCGAAACAUAGGCCACACAUUUGAGUGCGCCUUUGAUCGCAAGACAAAUGUUAUCAAUUGCACUAUGGGAAUUCCGUUUCCAUUGUACCCAACGGAGUUCACACCCUAUCAGGAAGUUCAUGCCCGCCCAAACAAAACGUUCGUAGACAUAGUCGGUAUUGUCGUUUAUUAUGGUGAUCUUGAGAUCGUUGGAAGAUACCCAUAUGCUGAACAAUAUAGAGAGGUCAUCUUCAUGGAUUUAAGGAUGUCUAGAUACAUCAGAGCACACCACCAUUGCAUGGAACCCAGAUCACAGUGCAGUUGCUGCACUUCAGCAAAUCCGCCAGAAAGUAUUAAGUGGAGAGAUUGACCUGAAGUUUGUCUGGAGGUUUCUUGAGCAAAGAAGGGCUUAUCUGGCAACCGCUGUCAAAGCUACGAAUCAUGCUCGACGCCAGUCAUUGCCAUAGUUAGGAUGUUUACUUAUAAUCGCCUCUCUAAUGGAUGUUGAUCUGUAAAUAUUAGCAUGGAGUUGUGCCCCAUGAUGACGUUUAUCUUUCUGUAUGUGGAUGUAUAAGGUUAUGAAACAUUCCCUGUUUGGAUGCAGUAUGUAUAUAUGAUUGUGAUACAUAUUAAGUGACGUGCUACUUUAUCUGUCA